AAGCGAUUCAUCUUUGCACGUUUCACACGAACUCCAUCACACUAACCACGCUUUCGGUAGUUGGGCAUGCCGAACUGAGGUCCUCUACCUGCGUUGGGUACUUCGCGCUAUAGGUUUUCUAAGCAGGGAGUUAGGAAGGCUACUAUAUAUAGAUAGGGGAUUUCGAGUCACUCCUGUCGUCUUUAAGGCGUGCCAACUCUGCCGAGGGCUAACUGGUGCCGAAGGACGGGGAUUUAAGGGGCGACCAGCGCUACUUCUAUUAUAUUUCGGCCGGAAAUGGGGCAGGCAGCCAGCGGAGGCCUUACCCAAGGAGACGUCGAUGAGGUCAUUGCUGCAUCGAAGGGCGUAUUUAACCAAGCCGAGAUCGAAUCUUUAUACAAACGCUUUCGCGCACUUGAUCGUGGGCGAAAGGGUUACAUUUCCCCCGAGGAGUUCCUCAGCAUCCCGGAGCUUAGCAUUAACCCCGUCGCACAGCGCCUAGUGCGCUGCUGUGAAUGCCCAAACUUCACCGACUUCGUCAAAAUGGUAGCGCCCUUUAGCCCUCGCGCGUCCCGCGACGACAAGCUAGCGUUCAUGUUCUCGGUGUACGACGUAGACGGCGAUGGCUUCAUUUCCCGCGAGGACAUGAGCAUGAUGCUGAAGCAGCUGGCGGGCAGCAGCCUCAGUGAGGAGGACCGGCAGGACAUCAUCAGCCGGGUGCUGGCGGAGGCGGGCGGCGCGGAGCGGCUGGACCUGCCCUGCUUCAAGGCGGCGCUCGGCUCAGCAGACAUCUCGAACAUGGUGGUGGAGGUGCCCGUGGACCUCUAGUGGGGGACCGUGCAGGCGUUAGGCGGGAGGCUGGGGGCGGGAGAGGGCUCUGUCGGGAUGGAGCGGGCAGGGAUUGAGGGCUUCCGGAAGGUGCUGUUCCGGGGUGCUGUUUGGUAUGUGUGAUUUCUAGGAAGUGCAAAUUGGCUGUGGGUUAGGUAAGGCUAGCUGAGGGGCAGGGAGGCGCGUUGGUGCAGGGUUGUGAGACAGAGGGUUGCAGGAGUGUUAGAGGCGUGAGGCCCGUACGGUGCUGGCGUGUAGGUAGGAAGGUCCUUGCGUUGCCCCUUCACGGUUCCAUUGGUUAACCGCAUAGGCUUGAGGAGGCUAUGGCGGAACACAGAGGGAUGUGUGUUCGCGCGGACAAUCGAAUCGCAGGUUUACAUGUUGGAGAGAGAUAGAAACUGCGACUUUACGCAUGCCUCUGACCAUGUGCCAGGCAUCGUUCUAUUGCCUUUUUGUUGUCGUACGGUUGGUACGAAUGACUUCUUCCUUUUCGGACUGGCUUUGCGCUAGCGUCGCCGCUAAUUGCUGCGUACAGCGUUGGAGUGGCUGAGCAAACAUGAACUCACGUGGUAUGUUUGCUAUUUGUUCCCUGGCCUGUUGGGAAGCUGGUAUGCCGUUACAUGGCCCUUUGCUCAUUCACCUUGACGUCCUUGCUUAACAAUCAAUCAAACGCCGCCAAGGCAGUUGCGGCUAUUCCACAUGAUCUUUGAUAAGGAGGUCCAA